AACGCUAUCGCGACUUGCGGCGAGUUAAGUUUAAUUAUUUUUAAAAAAUGUUGUUACGCGCUAGUGGGACAUAAUGUCGGUGUUGCUGGAAAACGUUACCAACUGUAUGUUUUUAGCGUUCGAGGCCCUGCAGCAAGAGAAAAUCGGGCUCGUCAAUAAGUCCAAAUUGAAGGUUCUGACCGCAAACAUUGGCACUCUACUAGAUCUUUACGGUGUUGAAAGAGGUCUAGAACAUUUCCGAAGUACCACUUCGCUUCACUUCGAUCAGUUUAAAUACUACCUUCAAAAGGAAGUAUUUUCCUCGCUACCCAACAAACUGCACUUAACAGAACUGAGAGAUUUCGAAAGUCAAAUAUCGGAGGUUUGUUGGCUAGUUUGCCGAAAGAAGUAUCUAAACCGAGAAAAUCACGUUUUUACCUGUGAAGUAAUAUUCCAGAUCUAUCGGAUAUUUUGCGUUUUAGGAGAACUUGUUCCUGACCAACAAAAUGAGAAUACUUACCAGCUAUUACUCCAUCCAAGCGAAGUGUGCAAUAUUGCACAAACACUGGCAGGAUCCUUAGGUUGCACUUUUGACGAAGAAGAUUUUACUCACCUGAGCCUUUCUAUGGGCAAUUUCAGACUUACUCCCUUUAUCGCCGUGCUUGAGUCAAGAUGUCUGACAGGAGUAAACGACCAGGUUGCUAUAAGCGAGGCUGUUACGGACAUUUAUCAGAGAGUGGUCGAGGACGUCCUCAAGAAGGGUUUUUUGACCAAGAGAGGGUAUAUUUUCCCGACAAUGAGGGAGUAUUGGUUCGUCCUAAGGCCCUCCGAGCUAACCUAUUACAAAACCAGAUCUGAAAAAGAUAAAUGCGGUGCUAUGGCUAUUGAAAAGGAUAGUCGAGUAGAGCCGGCCACAGGGUAUAAGAUCACCUUACAUACCCCUGAAAGAACGUUUGAGUUAGGUGCUUCUGAUCAUAUGACAAGGCUUCAGUGGAUAUCAGCCCUUCAAUUAGCUGCCGAUCACUCCGGAAGCAACCAGAGUUUUCAAAGACUUCAAGCUGCGAAGCGACGCCUUCAACGACAAGGUCGCGUACAAGAAAUGCUUAGAGCUAGAGUACAACUCCAGAAGGAAAGAACUGCGAGACAAGUGGCGGAAGGACAGGCCAAGGAACUCGAAGCCGUUGUUAAAGAAGAAUCGAAAAAACUGACUGAGCUGGAAGAAAUUAAGAGCAAAUUAGAGAAACUUCUGGAAGAGGAAACUCAAGCAAAGAGGGACGAAGAAAUAGUUCGAUCAUUGCAAGCAAGAGUUCUAGCUGAAGAGUGGGAGAAAAGGGAAGAGUUGGAAAGACUUCAGCAGGAACAAAAGGUACUUCUAGAAGAGGAAAGGGGCAAACGGAAGGAAUACGAAGAAAAACAAAGAGAAAAGGAGGAUCAAUUAAGGAAUGCGGAAAGGAGGUUAGCUCAGUUAGAAAAGGAACGACAAGCGUUGGAUAAAGAACUUAAACAAGCCAGGGAAAAAAUCAUUUAUUCCGAAGGCAGAAAGGAUCUUCUUGAAGCUCGGCUUUACGAAGUGGAUCCUCUUUUGCGAGCUGGUGAUAGAGUUCGAAGGGCGCAUUCUUUUAUGCCUAGCACCAAGGAGAGGCCAGUGUUAUUAGAAGUUCGGGCUGCUACCUUGAGGAGACCAAACAAAAAUUAAUUUCAUAAUUUAUUUUUAAAAAAAGACUGCAAAUGUGCUCAUAUAAUAAAAAAAAACAUUGUCAAUUGUAUAUCAAUCAGUAGGCAAACUAUCCUCAGUAUAUAAAAUUUUCUCUAAAAUUCAUUACACAAAUUUUAUAUUUGUGUAGGAUAAUUAAUUAACAAUUGUAUAUUUUGACACAACUUUAACUUAUAAUUUAUGAAUAUAUGUUAGGGAAAGUCUAUUAAACAAAGUAAAUUAGUCUGUUAUGCAACC